AUGAGUGAAAUGAUAAUUUCAAAAGAAAAUCCUAGCUAAACCACAAUUAGCAAAGGUACUUUCUCAUAGUUUGAUCCUAUUUCAGUAGUUAACUUCAAUCAAAAUCCUUUGAAGUAAAUAUAAACAAAUGAAUAGUAUGUUUUACCAACCUAAAAAGACUCUAAUCCUGCAUAGAAAACAUUCAUUUGGAGCUAAUACAUUUUUGUAUUUCUAUAUAUUAUUGUUGGUGGUUGUGAUACUAUCAUUUAUAAAUACUAAAACACCACUAUGAUAAAUGGAAUAUAUUUUCAUCAUCCUUUUAUUUAAACUUUCAUUAUGGAACUUGCUAAUACUUUACCGCUUUAUUACGUUCUAUAUAAAAAAUUAAAGAAAUAAAAUAUCAUACAAAUUGACCACAACAAAAAGAAAAUGAACAAUUUCAAAGACUAUCUCUGGAUAUUGCUUCCUUCUGUUUGUGAUUUAACUGGAGCAACUUUAUAGUAUUUCGCUUUGCUUUUCCUUGAUAGCAGUAUUUAUUAAAUGAUGAGAUGUGGUUCCAUAAUUUUCACUGCUAUCUUCUCUAAAAUCAUCUUCAGAAAAAUUUUCUUUAAGUACAGAUACAUAGGCUUAAUUUGCACAAUAAUAGGACUUAUUUUAGUUGGUUUAUCUCAUUUUCUCUUUGUUAGUACUUCUAAUUCUGCUAACAUAAAAGUUUAGCUUAUUUCAAUUGGUUUACUUGCUAUUUGUAUGGUUCUCUAUGGUUGCUAUUACACAUCUGAAGAAUACAUUUAUACAAAAUACAACAUUCAUCCAUGCCAAUUAUUAGGAAUUGAAGCCUUGUAUGGAAGUAUAAUCUAUCUAGCAAUUUUAUUACCUAUUUUUUGUAAUGUUGAAUGCAAUUUCCCAAACAAAGUUGGCUGUGUUAAAGUAGGAGAAAAAUUCUACUUUGAAAGUGUUUCUUAAUACAUUGAUGGUGUUUUAUCAAAUAAUUGGCUGCUGGCUUUUGUAAUUUUAGGUGUUCUCUCCAAGUUUAUUUUUAAUCUAAGUGGUGUGUUUACAACAAAGUACUUUAGUAGCUUAACAAGAUCAGUAGCUGGAACUUUAGGAAUUUUAGUAACAUGGUCAAUUGGUUUGUUAGUCACUAAUACUGGUCUAAGAGAUUGGGAAAGUUUAGAUUAUAAAACAUGUAUUAUGAUUAGCUCUGGCUAUAUUUGCCUUUUUGCAGGAAAUUUAAUUUAUAAUGGAAUUAUUAAAGUUCCAUAUUUAAAAAGAGAAGUAGACAUAUCUGCUAAAACUAAAAUAUAGUAAGUUUCUAUUUAGGUAAGAUCUACUGACAAUGUAAAAGUAGAAAUCCAAGAAACUUCUUUUUAAUAAAUAAAUUUAAAUGCUUGA